AUGGCAGAGAUUACCGAUGUUGAAACGGCUGGAGAACAACAAUGGAUCAAGGACAUCACGUUUGAUGCUCCAGGAACCGCAUAUCUAGAAGGACCUGCUGGAACAGACUCUUCACGCGGUGUGGUCAUUCUGCAACCAAAGCCUACCUCGGACCCAAACGACCCGUUGAAUUGGUCGUUCCAUCGAAAAUCAUUGAACUUUGCUAUCGCAUCAUUUUUCACCAUGUUGGUUUUUGCUCUGAUUGACAUCGGCCCGGUGGUUUGGCAAGACUUUGAGGAUCUUCUUCAUAUUUCAUAUCCUCAGCUUAACAACCAAUAUGCUAUGAAUUGUGUCUCUCUCGGUCUAGGUUCAAUCAUACUUGUGCCCUUGGCCUUGACAUUCGGGCGUCGGCCUAUUUAUCUCUUGACUGCCAUGGUGGUUUUGAUUACCGCGAUCUGGCAGGCAGUACUCCGGGACCUCGCAAAUAUGAUGGCUGCACAAGUAUUUAACGGGAUAGCUUGCGCUGUUGGCUGGACCUUGGUUCCUAUCACGGUCUUUCUCGCUCCCGUCGCCGCUGGAUAUGUAGCUGGUAGUCAAGGCUGGCCCUGGAUCUAUUGGUGGUCAGCUAUCUUUGUGGCUGUGAACUUGCUUCUCUUUAUUUUCGUCUUCGAGGAGACAAAGUUCUCGAUCCACACCAUUUCCGGAUCGGAGAUCAGGGCCCCAGCAACAGCUCAAGGCACUGGGACUGUCAACACGGGAGACUUUUCCAAGAGGACAGACCCAAUAGACCCUUGCAGCCAGCCGACAGCUAACACGGAGGCGUCGAUUGGGCCACAUGAGACGGAUUCCCGAUAG